UAAUUCUACAUCAUUUGUAAGUUUUGGAAAUAAACUCACUUUACUGGAGCAGCAUAAACUGAGACUAAACUACUUCAGGUGACAUGGAAAUCUGCAAAUCCUGCCUCUUCUCUGUCUUUCUGCUUCUGAGUUCAACAUUUGGAGAGGACACAGUGGCAGAAGACGUCAGGUCUCAUCAGCUGAAGCGAUUAGUGGAGCUGCUAACAUCUAAGGAGUGUGAGGACCUUCUGUUAGCCCUCUCUCACCCAGAGGAGAACAUUUUCCAGCAUCUUGAGCGGCUCUCAGCAGAAAAUAAUCAAAUAGAUCUCAAGCCUAGAGCCAAGAGAGACACCUCUUCUGCUGAGGAUGGAGAGGUUCAGUGCAGGACGGCCCUGACAGACUGGCUGCUGAGGCAUGGUGAGCAGACCUACUACGACAGGCUCUCUCGCGCCUUGCAGCACAUUGGCAGAACAGACAUCGCCAUAGAAGUGGGGCAGAACAUCAACCAGGACAAAAUCUUGAGUCUGAAACGUUAUGUUGAAGAUUAUCACAGAUAUGUGCAGUCUUUAAACAUACCAUCAAUCCAAUCUGAUGAAAAAGACCACCAGCACGCAGCCCGAAAAAGAACAGUAAGGGAUCUGACCUGGAAUGACCUGGAUUUGAUUGUGAAGCGGGCACCUGUCCCUCCGUACCAGAAGGGGCCUUUGCAUGUAGCUCUGCCGCUCUUGUACGGCAUCCUUCUGGGCUUUGGAGGCACGUUGCUCGCUGGGGUCUUUACCCUCCUCGUCAUCAUCCACAUCUCCCACAGAAACCAGCAGAGCCAUCACCAGCAGUUCCAACCAUAACCUCCUUGCUGGGGAUGUGAUGUUGGAAUAUGUAUCUUCAGAUUAGCAUUUUAUGGAUUUAAAUUGCCAAGGAAGCUGUAAAAAUAAACAACCACAUCUGGCAUUCAUACAUGAAUAAAGACAAAGCUGAUCAUUU